AUGAGGCCUGUCCAAGGUGCCCUGGGCUCUCGCGGUAAAUCAGGUGUCCCCAUACCAAUGAAACAUGCGUAUGUGCUGCAUAUGGGAUCGCAGUGUACGUACAGAGCCUCUCGAAUGCAUUUCUCCGUGUGUUGCAUUUACAAAUUCUUCCGGCAUGCAUCCUGCUCUGCAUGGAUGUGGUGGGCACUCCAUGACCUAAGACACCUAAGACACGAAAGUCCGGCGAAGACCGGCUGGCCGUCGUUCUUGGACAAACCGAGAUACCGAGAACCGGAUAAGAGAGCGAGCGAGGAAGAGAGAGAGAGAAAUAGAGAGAUAAAGCCUGGUGAGAGAACCUACAACUGGCAUCCUAUUGCAACUGCUUCUUGUCGUAUGCGCGAUGGCAACGACGUAAUUGGCCCACCACCACCAACAACAAAGUUAACUGUCCAAGGAAGUUUGCGAGACGCGACAACCUGA